AUGGGGUGGAGACUGGCCAUAACGUCGCUGCUCAUAGGUUUUGUCAUGGAGUGUAUCCCUCAUCACUUCCACUUUGUGGACAUGAAUAAGACCUGGACUGAGGCACAGCACUACUGCAGGGAACACUAUACUGACCUGGCCACCACUGAAAACAUGGAGGACAUGCAGAUGAUGGUGGACACUGCUAAAGGUUAUGAGGGGACAGCCUGGAUUGGGCUGCACCAGACUGCUGUCCCCAGCUGGAAGUGGUCCCUGGCAGAUGAAGGUUUCUAUGGUCCUGGAGAAGCUAACUUCACUAACUGGAUGCAAGGAGAGCCUAGCGGUGGGGAUAGGGAGGAUUGUGCAGAGUUGGUCUUUGGAGCAGGGUGGAAUGACAAGGAUUGUACUACAACUCUUCCCUUUGUGUGCUAUGAUGAGACCCACAGCACCACUGAGCGAUAUGUCCUCAUUGAGGAGAAAAAGUCCUGGAGAGAAGCUCAGAAGUACUGCAGAGAAAAUCACACAGAUCUGGUGAGUGUGAGAUACGAGGAGGAGAACCAGCAGAUUACAGAAAAAGCGGGAGAGAACUUAGUUUGGAUUGGCCUGUUCAGAGACAACUGGACCUGGUCUGACCCAAGGACCUCAUCCUUCAGACACUGGAGAUCAGACGCCCUUAAUUACCAGACCAGGGACAACUGUGCUGUAGCAUGGCUAACUGAAGAAAACCAGGGGAAAUGGAAAGAGAGUGAAUGUGAUGAACAACAUCCUUUCUUCUGCCGCUUGGAUAAACUUCAGCUGGUGAAGAGGAAUCUCACCUGGACAGAGGCCCUCAUGUACUGCAGACAGCACCACAUGGACCUGGUCUCCAUCACCUCACCUGAGAUCCAGGGCUGGGUGAUGGAGGAGGCUAAACGGGCCUCCACUGAGCAGGUGUGGCUGGGCCUGCGCUACCUGUGCCCACUGAACAUCUGGUUCUGGGUCAGUGGAGAGACCGUCUGCCCGGAGAACUGGGCCGAGGAGAGAGAGAAUGAGAACGGGAGGGAGGGAUGCUGUGGAAAUCAGAGAGCAGGAGCUCUGCAGUCUGGAGAGAAGUGGGUCAGCCUGCCUGACAGCACCAGACUCAACUUCAUCUGCGCUGCUGGAACAGAAACAGCAAAUCUCACAUCCAGCUCCUGCAUCAUGACUGAGGAGAUCCGUCUGUCCUUGUUCCUCUCUGCUGGUCUGUGCGCGGGGCUCCCCACUGUUAUCUGGGCCCUCUACUCUCUGAGACGCCACCAGGAUGCAGGCGGUCAUGUGUCAGCCUUUGCCAUCACACUCAUAUUUAGCAACAUGAUGGAGCUAUUCUCAAGCCCCUUUCUGGUGGCGCGAGAGUGGAUUCUGUCACUUGUGUAUCCAUCGUGCUCUGUGAGUUUCCUCUGGUCCUCUAUUCUGUCUGGCACUGUGUGGAUCUUUGUGGUGAGCUGCCACUUUCACACCGUUGGCUACACCAUCAACCUCAUCUUGUGUGUGGUGCCGGUGGUCCUGGCCAUCAUAACAAGUUAUCUCGACGUAUCAGACUCCGCAGAGACACACAGCACCUAG